ACAGUACUUGGUCUCCGACUGAUGACGUAUCACGAGUACACGAGAACGCAAGUACGCACAAGUACGCAUAUUGAGAAACGCCCUCUCUCUCUGUCAUUUAUUUGGCUCGAAACACAUUAACAAAUUUGUCAAAACUAAGUAAGUGUGUCGGUAAUGAACAUUACACUGACAUUUUGUUGUGCAAUUGUUAUUUACUUGUAUUUUAUAAUUUGACUUUACAUACUGCUGGGUGGUUUGUAAAGUUUACAAUAACUAGUAUUAUCAUUAUGCUAUAUUUUCUAAUAUAUAUAAUAAUCUCAAAAGUAAUGCCUUGAAGCAGAAAAUAGUAAUACUUUAUUAAAAUUUAAAACUAAAGUACAGUAUUUGAAUGUGUGCAUUGUGUCUGUUUGUUAACUCACCAUAAUCAUAAAUGUCUCAAUAAUAAAUUCCAUAGGGGUGGGGGGGGUUGGGUCUUUAGGCUUUGGCCCCCACCCCUGCCACCAGUAUAUUUUUAAGCAAGUAUUUCUAACUUUUAUUUGAAUAUUCAGUUUCCUACCAUCUGCUCUUAAAGGGUAAUUGCCAGGUAACCCGCCCUCCCCCUUCGCACACACAUGCACACAAACAAAACACACAGUAUAAUUCACACCCUCAUAGUGAAUAAAUAUUUAUGCCAUUUUACACCAUCAAACUCAGAUAGCUAAGGAUGAAGAACCUUUUGUUCUUUAAAGAACCAUUUGUAAUAGCUGAAGAACCAUCUACAACAGGGGUCACCAACACGGUGCCCGCAGGCACCAGGUCGCCCGCAAGGACCACAUGAGUCGCCCGCGGGCCUGUUCUAACAAUAGCUCACCAUAACAACUUACCAGUAAGCUGCAUCUAUUUUUAUUUUUUGCCAUUUUUUUUUUUUUAAAUCACAAUUGCAUUGGUGUCAAUUUGUUAGAGAUAAUAUAUAAAAAAAAAAAGUUUAUUAUUAAAUAUUAGAUCAGCGCUAACUGGUCUCCAUGGAAACAGUUGCCGUGAUGACCAGCAAAGGUGAGGAGAUGAGGAAAACAUGGUGGAAAAAAGAAAGAAAACAUUAUUUUCACAGUGAAUGGGAGGAAGAGUUCUUUUUUACAACUGUGGCACAACGUGGAGAGACAUUUCCGAACGUGUCACACAAGCUACCAUGCUAACUACCCAAAGGGCAGCACACUGCGAGCGGAAAAGGCCCGCGAGUUAAAGGCAGGUUUGAGCAAACAGUCUUUUUUCACGAGACCGGUGAAAAACUCCCAAAAAGCAACCGAAGCCUCAUUUAGAGCUACACAUUUCAUGAUUAAGAAAAAGGCAUUUUUAGACGGGGAGGUUUUCAAAGAAGCAAUGAUGAUAAUUGCAAAAACUGGAUCAGGAUCUGGCAAAGUGCAGGUGGUUUAGCAUCCAGUGUGACGAGUCCGUGGACAGCAGCAGUACAGCACAGCUGAUGGUCUUUAUCCGGAUGGUAUUUGAUGGUUUCUCCACAAAAGAACAACUUCUGACACUACUGCCGCUAAAGACAACUACGAAGGGAGUUGACAUCUAUAACGCGGUGAAGGAGUUUUUUGCGAAGAAAAAGGUACCGUUGGAAAAGCUGGUAUCAGUGACUACUGACAGGGCUCCUGCUGAUCGGCCGACAUACAGGAUUCAUCGCUCACUGUAAAGGUGACACAGAGUUCCCAAACUUCAUGCAUUACCACUGCAUCAUUCACCAGCAGGCGCUAUGCGCAAAGGUGAUCGGCUUCAAGCACGUCAUGACUCCCGUCGUGAAGAUCAUAAACAGCAUCCGCUCCAGAGCUAAACAGCACAGAACAUUCAAGGUGCUAUUGGAGGAGCUGUCAGCUGAAUAUGGUGACCUGCUACUACAUACGGAAAUCCGAUGGCUCAGCAGGGGACGGAUUUUGCUUUUUUUGUCGUCACUUUUAGGUGAAAUCAAAGAGUUGAUGCAAUCCAAAGGGGAAGACACAUCUCUGCUGGAGGACACUGAGUGGACACUUGACCUUGCGUUUUUAACGGACAUUACUGGGAAACUGAACCAUUUGAACUGUGAGCUGCAAGGCAAAGGUAAGACUGUUGCUGACAUGAUAAGUGCUUUAAAUGGAUUUAAAGCCCAGAUGAGCAUCUUCUCUGUGCAUUUACAGAGAAAAAAGGUGCUGCACUUUCCCUCUGUGCAGAUGGUGCUGAAAGACAAUGCUUCUGCAUCUGAGACUUUUGACAAAGUUGCAGAAAAAUACACUCAAGUCAUAAACCGACUUGGUCAAGAGUUUGAGAACAGGUUUUGUGACCUUGAUCAGCUUGAGCCAUGUGUGUCAUUUGUUUCCAAUCCUUUCAUGAAUGUGGACACAACAUGCAUUGCUGAGCAACUAAGUUCAAUGUUCAGCUUGGAUGCUGGACAGGUGGAAAUCGAAAUUGUAACAUUGCAAAAUGACGUCCACCUCAAAGCCUAUCAGGGUGCACCAAACUUUUGGUGCCUUGUUGACACAGAAAAGUACAGUGGUGUAUGCACAGCAGCUAUGAAGGUUGCCAGUCUGUUUGGUUCAACCUAUCUUUGUGAAUCAGCCUUUUCUGACUUGAACUUCAUCAAGAACAAACAGAACACGCCUCUCUGAUGCACAUCUGCAAGACUCACUCAGAGUUGCAGUGUCAAGUUAUACCCCAGAUUACAACACACUGGUGAACAGCAUGCAAUGCCAGGUUUCCCACUAACAGACAAAGAAAGCCAUAUUAGAUGUUCUCAGUGGCAACAUUACAGUGUCAUGUCAAAGUUGAAUUUAAUUAUUGAAAAACAAAUGUGUUUGUUAAGUGUAACAUGUAAUAAUUUGUUUUAAAAUGCUGCCAAUUUGGUGAAAAGUUCUGUAAAAUUUGAGAGUUGAUUUUUGUAUGUUACAUACAUACAAAAAUAAUGUAUGUAACAGUGCAUGAUUUGUUAAAAUUUGUUAGUGGUAAGUGAAAAUGUCAUAGAAGUGAUCACUUUAAAAUGUAAAUACUUGCAGAGAUUUAUAGAAAUAAAGCGUUGCAUAUUGAUAUUUAUCUGUUUUCUACCUUGUUUCCUACUUGCAUUCUUUAUAAUUAUGGUGAAAAAUAAUUAACAUAAUCAGUGUCUUUACAUAGAUGAAUAUCAUUAAUUAUUAAUGAUAACACAU